AUGGAUGAUAUUCCGGAAGUCUUUUAUUCAAGCCAACCAUUCUAUCAAGAUCCUUUUAUGAACCAAAGUCAACACCAGAAUGCUUACUAUCCGGAUCCAUAUGUGUAUACAACCGAAACCCACAAUCCAAAUCCAUAUAUGUACCACAAUCCAGAUCCAUAUAUGUAUAUACCCGAAACCCAAAAUCCAGAUCCAAGUAUGAACGAUAAAGAUUAUUUAAUUGAUCAGGGAUUCGAAGAUUUUCUUCCGUAUAUCACACAGGUUCAGAAUGUACUAGGAGAUGGAAACUGUGGAUUUAGAGCGGCGGCUUUUUGCAUUGGUCGUCAUCAAGAUGAUUGGCGUCAAAUUCGUAUGGAUUUAUUGGAUGAGUUAUUUGUGCAUAAUGCAAGAUACACUGCAAUUUUUAACAAAGAAGACGUACAAUCACUUCAGUACAUGCUGAAUCACUUUGAAGGAGGAUUUGCAGAUCCGCAAUAUUGGAUGACUAUGCUAGAGACUGGGUUACUCAUUGCUUCAAGGUAUAAUGUGGUGGUUGUUUUUUUGAGCAAAGAUGGGGAGACAACGUGCUUUCCGCUUUUUACUAGCCUACCAAGUUCACAACCACAUGAUAUUUGUGUAAUUGGACGAGUCAAUCAUAAUCAUUUCGUGAGACUGGUGUUACAAGGAGAUUUUCCGGUACCUCCUACGCAUCCACAAUGA